CACCUAUAAUUGUAUGACAUCACACCCCUUAGGUUGGUGCUCCCCUGGAAUGUCCCGCAGACAACACUACCCCCCAGGGGCAUGAGUCUGCUGGUGCCAGUGCGGUACAGGAGACGGUAAUGCCAUCCUGGGCAGGAAGUUCUUUCCAGCUGUUUAGAUAUUCAGAGCAGCCUCCUCCUCCUCCUCCUCCUCGUCUCCAGCUCAGACUUGUCCGACAUCUACACCCGGCACCCAGCAGGAGGCAGCUCUGUGAAAACCUACAAGAUAGCCAUGAUGUGGAUUAUGGCAUGGAAUGAGGCUCAUCCUUGUCCAAAACCAUAGAAGAAGAGACGGAAUUAUGCAGCAGAAAUCUGAGGUGAUCACUGACAAGGAUUACGAUGGAUCUUUCAGAGGAUUCUGCAGACACGUGGCCAGUCCUGUCUUGGAUGACGUCCUGCGUAAUGGUGUUUGGCGGUGUGCUCCCAUACAUUCCUCAGUAUCAGGAGAUUAGGAGAACCUCUAACACGGACGGCUUUUCCACCUGGGUCUGUUUUGUUUUGCUUAUUGCCAACAUCCUCCGGAUUUUUUUUUGGUUUGGGAAAUUUUUUGAGGUCCCCCUCCUCCUGCAAAGCUUAAUGAUGAUCAUUACCAUGUUAUCACUCCUGCAUCUCUGCUGCACUGUGCAGACUGUGAACCGUGUGUCAACCAAGUAUCAUGCCUUCACCGAUUUUGAUAUUGGUCACUUCUGGAAGUGGAACCGCUUUGAGGAUUACCUGCAGUUCUGCCUGUCUGUGACCAUCUUCGGGGCUCUCCUCACAUACAUCCUUCUGGAUAUUCCCGUCUUUGUGGAAGGUCUGGGGUUAGUGGCUCUUCUGAUUGAGGCAAUGUUAGGACUGCCUCAGAUGCUGCAGAACCUCAGAAACAAGUCCACACGGGGAAUGAGUGUGAAGAUGGUCAUGCUGUGGACCGCAGGUGACUGCUUUAAGACUUCAUACUUCAUUAUUAAGGCGACCCCAGUUCAAUUCUGGCUUUGCGGAAUCCUGCAGAUCUGUCUGGAUGUGCUCAUCCUUCUACAGGUCUGGUACUACAACCAGCAGCCUCAUGUCAAGUUUGGAUAAGGAGCUGCCAAUCACUCGAGCUUGGAACACAUGGCCUGGUGCUAUACGGACUGACUGAAGCUGGAGCCCAAAGAGAAACAAUAUAUAAGUGUUAUAUUUAUACCGAUCAUGCUUUCGACUAUUAUCUACCAGUAGGUGAGAGAAAUUAUGAGACUCCUCAGGAUCUGGAUUUUUAAUUUUGUGCACAUAGGAGGGAGACAAUGACCGGCACUUCAAAAAGGAGUAUGUGGUGGCCCAGUACUCCUGGUGGCCCAGUACUACCCCAUUCUCCUGCUGUCCUGUCAGGCAGCCUCAUUCAGUGUCCCCAAGGCCCCCUGCACUUGUUUCCCCAUUGUAAAUAUGCUUUACCAUGUAAAGUGUUAUAAACAUGUAAUGUUGCUUUAAAGGGGUACUCCGCCCCUGGCAUCUU